AUGGCCGCUUCUCAGAUACGAGACUUCGCUCAGUUAGGAAAUGAGAUCGAAAGACAGGAAUUAGAGUAUGGCGCAAGUCCUUGCACUCCUAAAAUGUACAGCCAACUUUUAGCCAUUUAUUUACUACAGAAUGAUUUGUGCGGUGCCAAAUUCUUAUGGAAACGAAUCCCUCAGUCUAUCAAACAGAGCAAUCCAGAGCUGGCAAACAUAUGGCUGGUGGGACAGAAAAUGUGGCUCAAGGAUUACGCUGGCAUUUAUGAAGCCUCACAGAAGGAAUGGAGUGAUGAUGUCAAGCAGAUCUUGUUAGCAGUUGCAGAUACUGUCCGUCAGCGAGCCCUCAGACUGGUCAGACUUGCCUACUCAUCCAUCGGUGCCGAUGAUUUUGCUGUCUUCAUUGGAAUGUCAGCAGACAAAGCUAUUCAAGCUGCACAAGAGGAAGGUUGGGAGGUCGACCAGCAGAACAGAAUCAUCAUACCCAAGAAGUUAGAACCCACGCCGCCAGUGACAAUUAUGAACGAGCAGCAUCUUGCUGUACUCACCGACUAUGUUAACUUUAUGGAGAACUGA